AUGGACGUCCUUACACUUCUGCAGUCUCCACAAAGCUACCUGUGGGCGGUACUGUUGGGUGUCACCCUCCAUUUGACACUGUUACGUUAUGGCGAAUGGGACUCAUCUGCACCGUCUUUGAUCUCGGCUUUUUUCACCACGCAGUUGCUUCUCCUUGGGUUCUUGACUGCAUAUACGCCAUCAUGGACAGCAGUCCUCCUUGCAGUGCUCCAUGUGUCGGCGCUAGGCAUGUCCAAAUUACAUCUUUAUGAAGAGGUCCAAGCCUUGCACAGACAGUAUGGAGAUUUUGUGAGACUUGGACCCAUGGAGUUGUCUAUUGCAGAUCCUCGGGCGAUUCAAGCAGUAAACUCGGCGCAGACUCCCUGCACGAAGGGACCUUGGUAUAAUGGAAUGCGACCACGGGUGGCUCUGCAGAACAGCCGAGACAAGCAGGAGCAUUCUCACAGGAGGAAAGUUUGGGAUCGAGGCUUUGGUGCCAAAAGUCUUCGCGAUUAUGAACCCCGGGUCGUCUCAUACACCACGGGACUGAUGAAUGCUAUCGAGUCGCAAAAGGGCACACCAUUAAAUGUCACUGACUGGUUCAACUUUUACAGCUUUGAUGUUAUGGGCGACCUAGCAUUUGGAAAAUCUUUCGAUAUGGUUAAGAAUGGCGUCAAGCACUACUUUAUGAACUCUCUCAAGACAAAUAUGACCAUGGCUGGCUACUUUAAACACGUUGUAUGGGUCGCUCCAAUCUUCAGGUCCAUACCGAUCCUUAAUUUCGAGCAUAAGAGAUUCUGGAACUUCGUCAAUAGUCAAGUGGACGAGAGGAUGAAGAUGAAGCCUGACAAGCCGGAUGUAUUCUCUUAUCUGCUUGAGGAAUAUGAAAAGCAAGACCCGAAGACGGCCCAGAGCCUGCUGAAUCUUCAGGCAGAUGCCUAUUUGAUUGUCGUUGCUGGGAGCGAUACCACCGCCGCAACUCUGACGACGCUCUUCUUUCAUCUGUCAACAGAACCCCAUUUAUUGACUAAGCUCCGGGAGCACGUGGAUCCGCUAUUUGAGUCCAACGAGGUUGAUGCUGGAGCACUCUCGAGGAGCAAGCACUUGGAUGCUUUCAUCAAUGAGACAUUACGUCUUCAUCCUCCCGUACCUUCAGGAGUCCAGCGAUUGACACCUCCCGAAGGGAUGAUGAUUGGGGACACCUUUGUGCCCGGGAACACGAUUGUAUAUGUCCCCCUAUACACUGUGUUCAGAGACGAACGAAAUUUCAAAAGACCAGAGGAAUUCCUCCCUGAAAGAUGGACCACAAACCCCGAAUUGACCGUGGAUGCCUCUGUUUUUGUUCCCUUUUCGUCAGUCAUGGUUGCCGCACAGUUCGAACUCUCGCCAAAGUGGCUCUCAAAGGCCCUGGGCUUCGACGUGGUCGGGGCCAGGCCUGUCCGGAUCGGAACUGGCCAGAUCGGCGAGGUAUAUCGCAUCGAGCUCGAGUAUGGCGUAAAGACACGAGCAGGACCGGCUUCGGUGGUGGCGAAAAUGGCAUCCCUCGACGCGGACUGCAAGGCUUUCGGGCUCAGUUCUGGUCUGUACCAGCGAGAAGUCCGGUUCUACCAAGAGGUGGCCCCGCUGAUGACGACGGGGCCCAUCCCGACUGUUUAUCGGGUAGAAAGGGACGAAGAGUCCGGGGAGUUUGUCAUCCUGAUGAGUGACAAUGCUGGGAGAGUGGGCAGCGACAUCAGCGGAGCAACGCUUGAGGAGGCCAGCUUGGCCAUGUCGGAGCUGGGAAGACUCCACGGGUUGAUCUUGAACCAUGUGUCUGUGGAGAAGCACGGCUGGAUGAGGAGGACAAGACCAUGGGCGCCGACCGAGAAUAUGGUCGAGUAUUGGAAACGGUUUAAGGAGCGAUACGGAGAUCGCAUCAAGCCAGAACACCGCGAAAUCGGCCAGAAAUUCAUCGACAGCUUCGAGGUGUACCAUGCCGGCCUGGAUGCCUCUUCCGCCCCAAGGGGGCUCGUCCAUGGAGACUACCGACUCGACAAUAUCCUGUUCGGAGACAGCGGAGGCAUGCCGUUGACCCUGGUGGACUGGCAGACGUGCUAUUGGGGACCUAUCCUUCACGACCCAUCGUACUUCUUAGGCCUAGCCGUAACGCCCGAGUUUCGCCGUGAGCACGGAGAGGGGCUGUUGAAGAUAUAUCAUGAGGCGCUCUCUGCAAGUUCCCCGUACCCGAUCAGUAUCCAUGAAUGCAAGGCGGGGGUCCGGAUGCACAGCUUUACAGGAAUGCGUCAAGCCAUCACGGCGGCCAGUCUGGUUGAGAGGACAACUCGAGGAGACGAUCUGUUCCUGACCAUGUUCGAACGGAGCUGUGAACACGUCGUCGAUACAAAGGCGCUUGAGGUGCUGCCACCACCGGUUCCUGUCCCCCAUCUAGAGCCGAAAGAGUUGGACGAAGAGAUGCAUCCGUUCAGUGACCAUCCCCUUCACAACGAGAGCUGGUAUUUCGACGUGGUUGACAUAGACCAGCAAGUCGGAGUGUGGGUGAGACUCGGGGUCAUUCCAAACCAAAGCGGCUCGUGGUACCACGCGUUGAUCUGUGGGCCUCACAUACCCACAGUAGGAGUCAUCGACUUCGAAGCACCGCAUCCAGCAAAGGACCUGGUUGUUCAUGGUGGAGAAUACACGGCCACCCAUGAAGCCGAAGUGCCUCUCCUAAAAUAUCGCACCACUGUGAAGGGGAAAGGAGUGGCAUUCGACGACCCGGCGGCAAUCUUGCAGGGUGGCGCCGGGCGACCCGUUGAUGUCCAGAUGGAUCUCCUCUUCGAAACCGACGGACAGCCAUAUCAGUGGCGCCGAGCCACCAGAUAUGAGAUCCCCUGCAAGGUCACUGGCACGUUCUCGUGGGACGACCAUUCAUUCACCUUCACCAAGGCUAGAGGCCAGCGGGACCAUUCCUGGGGUCCUCGAGACUGGUGGGCCGCCGACUGGGUGUGGACUGCAUUCCACCUUGACGACGGUACUCACAGCCACCUCGUGCAUGCCAAAGCUCGAGGAGGAGACUAUCCCCACCUUGGUGUAGGGUAUGUCCAGAAAGAAGGAGAGCCCCUGGUCGAAAUGAAUGAUGUCAAAGCAGCAGCUGAGAUGGCAGCCAACGGCUUGGGCGUGUCAACGACCAUCACAAUGGCUCCUCUGCCACUCACCUUCUAUGUGAAACCUGUCGGACAUGCUCCUCUCUGUCUCAUGGCGAAAGACGGGCGAGUUGCCAAAUUUCCACGCUCUUGGGCUACAAUCACCACUAACGAUGGUCGUAAAGGUGUUGGUUGGCUGGAGUGGAACAUCAACGAGUGA